GAGGCAACGAGGCAACACCCAUCACACAUUCUUUUCCUCCACUCGCUCAAAACAACCUUAAAACGACGAAAAUAUAUUUUCGUUGGGCUCUUAUUUGGCUCGUUACUUUUAGGUUGAAACUGGCUGGAAGUAACAAACAACAGUAAAAACUCAGCUGAUGAAACUAAGAUAAAUUUUCAGAGCGCUUGAACACAUUUUUGGACGCUCGCCAACCCCAGUCACAGCACGUAUUCUGCCGGGUGAGCUCAAGACCUUCGCAAUCCCAGAUCAAAGCCUUCUAUUUUCGGGCCGAAGACUGGCAGUUCGUGAAAAUGGGCCUGGAAAAGUUUCAAAUUUACUUCGACAAUCCGCAAGCUGUGUUCUACACCGGUCAAAAUGUGUCUGGGAAAAUUGUUCUUGUCACCAGCACCCCCAAAAAAGUCAGAGCGAUCAAUGUAAAAAUAAAGGGCGAGGCUAAAGUGGCAUGGACAGAGACCAGAGAGCACACUUCCACAACUACAACCACGUCCACCGAUGGUGGUGCUUCUUCGACGCCUGCUACUCAAACGGAAACUGUAACGUUUUCUAAUGAGGAAGUCUAUUUUGAAAACAAGUUUACUGCUUAUGGAGGAGGGAGUGACCAAACUCUGACCGCUGGAGAACACUUAUUUCCAUUCAGUUAUGUUUUGCCGACAAACCUGCCUUCGUCCUUCGAGGGCGAGCACGGCCACAUCCGGUACACGGUUCGAGCCGUCUUGGACAGACCCUGGACAUUUGACCAUGAAGCUAAAGCCGCGUUCACCAUCAUCAGCACCCUUGAUUUGAACACCGAGCCUCAGGCAGCUGCACCGGCAAAUGCACAAAAGUCGAAAACGUAUUGCUGUCUGUGCUGUGCCUCUGGUCCAGUCAACGUCACCCUGUCCCUGCCGACUGGUGGUGCUGUUCCAGGCGAAACACUUUUUCCUACCUUGGACGUAGAAAAUAAUUCCAGAGUCUAUCUCAGCCUAAUAAAAUUGAGGCUGAAAAAGCGCCUUCUUUACAAAGCUAGAGGCAGCACAAAGACUGAGGAAAUGAGCAUUGCAGAGAAAAAUCUUGGCUAUGUGGACUCUGGGCAGUCACACACUUUUGAACGAGAAGCUCUGCUGGUUCCGUCUUUGCCUCCCUCCAACCUGAAGAAUUGCAGCAUCAUUGAUUUGGAUUAUUACCUUGAAGCACAUUUUACGUCUUCUGGAUGGAACAGCAACUUUGAAUUGCGUGUGCCCGUGCUGAUUGGCACCAUUCCGCUGCACCAAAACUUCGCCCAGUACACACCGGCCGUGCAGAGCCAGCCCCUCGGCUGGAACUUCAGUCCCUCGGCGCCGUACAGAGAUGGCUCGCCUAGCUACCCAGAUCUACCGCCCCCAACUUACCAACAAUCGGUGUUUGGUGCUCGCAGCGUUGUUGAGAGAGCAGACAACCAAUAUAUUUAUGGAGAGAAAAACUUCGCACCAAUGUAUCCUGUGUACCACCAUUCCUAAAGUCACUGCUCAUGCCACGGUGCCCGUCCUAAUUGUUUGACAAAAUGGGACGUAAAACAUGAUAUUCGUUAUUGAUGUUCAGCAAAAUAAGCCGUAUUUGAUACGCUCUCUAUGUAUUCAUUAUUCAAGCUAUUUUUGAAUGAUUAUGGCAACUUGCACUUUUGCAUCUGUUACAUCAGAUAGAGAUCAAUAUCUCAAUACUUUAUAUUAUAUAUAAAAUACUCGUCGAAGGGUUUUUUUCGGAAAAAAAAUAUAAUUUGAUAUAACAAUGUACGCUGUACUCAAACUUUUUUAUUUGCUUAUUAGCAAUAUUAUGAUAAAAUGGCUUCACUUUCUAGUAGUAUGUAGUUUACUCGAAGAUUAAUACUGUUACUGUACACAUUAGUAGCACAAUAAAUUGGAAGUAAAACACAA